GUAAGUUCCGCUUUAGUGUCAGAGGCGGUGGCGGCAGGAAGAGAGCGCGCAGAGCUGAAGAAACUGGCAAAGGGACAGAGAGAGAAAAGAAUAAGAAGGAAUCCAUAACCCGAAGCUUGGUUCGUGCUGCUGUCACCAAGCGCCUCUCUCCAUUAACCUUUUAUAGCAAUAAAAAGAAAACAAAACACGGCAACCUGGAAGAGCCGGGCAUAACCGCGAUAACGGCCCAACAUGGAUUAUAUAUGAUUCCUGGAAAAUGUGAAGAUAUGAGUCAGGGGAAGAAGAAGAACCAGCCGACCAACGGCAUCAUGCUGGUCAAAAAGAUCAUCAUGAAAGAUGGGACUACACAACAGGGAGUUGGAAGUGCUAGUGUUACCCAUGCGGUGAUUGUUAUUUUUCUAGAAUUCUUUGCAUGGGGCUUGCUAACAACACCAAUGUUAACUGUCCUGCAUGAAACCUUCCCUCAACAUACAUUUUUAAUGAAUGGGUUAAUUCAAGGCGUAAAGGGUUUUCUAUCAUUUAUGAGUGCCCCUCUGAUUGGUGCCCUUUCCGAUGUGUGGGGAAGAAAGUCAUUCCUUCUUGUUACUGUGUUCUUUACCUGUGUCCCAAUUCCACUAAUGAGGAUAAGUCCCUGGUGGUACUUUGCGAUGAUUUCUUUUUCAGGAGUCUUUUCUGUCACUUUUUCUGUUAUAUUUGCAUAUGUAGCAGAUGUAACCCAGGAGCAUGAGAGGAGUACAGCAUAUGGGCUGGUUUCUGCCACGUUUGCUGCUAGUUUAGUUACAAGUCCUGCAAUUGGUGCUUAUUUAUCUACCAAUUACGGAGAUAACUUGGUGGUGCUGGUUGCAACAAUUAUUGCACUUGCAGACAUUUGCUUUAUUCUCUUGGCUGUGCCAGAAUCUUUGCCUGAGAAGAUGCGCCCUACUUCAUGGGGAGCACCUAUAUCAUGGGAACAAGCAGAUCCUUUUGGUUCUUUGAAGAAAGUUGGGAAGGAUUCAACAGUCUUGCUCAUAUGCAUUACAGUAUUUCUGUCAUACUUACCAGAGGCAGGACAGUACUCAAGCUUUUUCCUGUAUUUAAGACAGGUCAUUGGAUUCACAUCUAUCAGUAUUGCUGCCUUUAUAGCGGCUGUUGGAAUUCUUUCUAUUGUAGCUCAGACAUUAUUCCUCAGAAUCUUUAUGAGGUCAAUAGGCAACAAAAAUACAGUCCUGCUUGGUUUAGGCUUUCAAAUGCUCCAGCUGGCCUGGUAUGGAUUUGGCUCAGAACCAUGGAUGAUGUGGGCAGCAGGAGCAGUAGCAGCAAUGUCAAGUAUAACGUUUCCGGCUGUAAGUGCUUUAGUCUCCCGAAGUGCAGAAUCUGAUCAGCAAGGUGUUGUCCAAGGAAUCAUCACAGGAAUUAGAGGCUUAUGUAAUGGUCUUGGACCGGCCCUCUAUGGCUUCAUAUUCUUUUUGUUCCAUGUGGAGCUCAAUGAGAUUGAUCCUGAUCAACAUACAGAUAAAACUACUGCUGUGCUAUACCCCAGUGAUGAGAGUUCAAUUAUUCCUGGUCCCCCAUUCCUGUUUGGUGCUUGUGCCGUCCUUCUUGCUUUCUUGGUUGCCUUAUUUAUUCCUGAACAUAACCAUCUUACAGUGAAGACUUGUAACACUAGAAGACACAGUGGCAGUGUGGUUACGAGUCAGAGCAACAACCCGCUUCCAGGCAGCGAUGAAGACAUUGAGCCCCUGCUGCAGGACAGCAGUGUUUGAGAAUAUCCCGGUGGAAAAUGCAGUCUACAUUUUUGUUUUCUUAAAAAGAAAAAGAAAACUAACCUUCACAGUUUACAUCUAGAGACAAGACAAGACAAGACAGAGAAUGUAUUCUUCACCUUUUUACUGAUGAAAGUGUCUUUUGGGUUGACAGUUGUUUGUUGGCUGUAGGUGGAAGGUCAUCGUAAUUUUUUUGAGCUGUAUAUUCUAUUUUUAUGAUUGGUAUUAUGUUAUUUUAAUGCUACAAAAGUUAUUGUAAAAGACAGUAGUAUGUUUAUGCAGUGAUUUGCAGGGUUUGUGCACUUAAUGGUAGAUGAACAUUCCAUAGCAGUCAGGUAAUCGUGACCAGUGAAAUCAGAGGGAAAAAGACAGUUUUCUAAGGCGAACUAAACUGACAUUUGUCUGGAGUAGCUGUUGAUAAUCUAACCAAAAAAAUCAACUGAAGGCUAAAAGCUGCAAUGUUACUAAAGGAUAACAAAUUGCAUACAUAAGUGAAUACACGUACACAUAAUAUAUUGUAAUAUAUAGGUGUGUAUGUGUAUAUAAUAUGUGGUAUUUUAUAUAGGAUAGAUUUAAUUCAUAUAAAAUUAGAAAGUGCUAUUCAUAGAAGACAUAUAUAGUAAAAAAGUGUAUUUCAAAAUGGUAUUUUUCAUCUAAAAAUUUCACUACUUGUACAUUAAAAGUACCGUAGUGAUCCUAAUAAUUUGUUUCAUAAGUAGGCUCUGAAGGUCUGCAUUUUUUAUCCAUUUGUUGUUUUAUCUUUGUCAGUAACUUGUUUACUAAACUGAUGAUAAAUGUUUUGUUUCAGCUAGUUACAGAUUAAGAGAAUAAGUAGUCUAGCUCGGAAUGCCAAACCUGUGCAUUGAAUUGCACCUGUACAUCUAUGUGCGUAAAACUAAUAAAUAUAACAUAUGCACUCACACAUCGUUUAUGUAUAAAGCAGAUCUUCCAAAUUGGAUGUGGAGUCUCCAAAGCCAUUCCCCACACCUAAAAUUUAUUUGUAAAUGCUAAACUAAUUGGUGACGCUAAAUUUCCUGAUGUCUGUGAGUGGGCCUUGCUAUGAAUGGGAGUGACUGGCAAAUGACUGAAUUGUUGACUGCCUCUGUCAUUACAACUGGAAUGCUAAAGAAAAAAGUGGGUUCAGAAAACGAUAUGGGUGGGUGGAAUUUCAGAAACAAAGGAGCGUACAGACUUCAGUCUUAAAAGAGACAAACAGCAUAUUUUAACGUCAGUUAGAUAUCCAUGUCUGUGCAAUAUGCAUAUACACACCUGAAGUGAUAGAUGGACAAGAUGUUUAUUCUUUAAAUUGCUUUCUUGUGGGGAAAUGACUUGAUGAUUUUUUUUUUUAAAUUAUUUAAAAGUACAGAGACACCAGCAUCUUGAUUAUAUCUCUAAAUAUUUAGCAAUGUUUUUAGUUAUGAGAUGUACUAAUGAGGUGUGAGUGUGUUUUGUAUUUUUAAAUAUGUGAAAGACCAGUUUAUUUAUUUAUUUUUAUUUUGUUUUGUUGAAAGAGCUAAUAUUCUGACCAAACUAUUUUUGAAAGACUUUCAUAUUGAAAUGUUUAGGCGAACUAUAUCUAAUAUGCUUUUUUUAUACUUUACAAUGCAUAGAUUUUUAACAAAUAUUAUUUCUGCCGAGCGAAGGUAAGAAAAUAUGUAACUUGUUACCUUUUUCUUAAAGACAAGAGAGUAUAUUAUAGCCCCCAGCUUGCAGUCUUUCCUGCUACCUCAGCCGCACCUAUUUUUUUUAUGUCAGUUAGAUUGAAUAUUUUUGUAAAGGUCUUGAUAUUUAGCAACUAUGCACAAAACCAAUUUUGUAAUCAUAGUUUUUAUCUUCCCAUACUUUCUGCUUGUAAGUUGCUUCCAAAUAUUUAAUGAAGUUUUGUUGCUUUAAGAGCAGCCAGACAAAUGGACAAAGCUAAUAGCUUGAGGUAGACAUUGACUGAUUCUUCAUCAUAUACCAUACCCCACCCCCUGAAUACCUGGCCUUAUAGUAUGCUGUGUAUGUGUAUUGUCUGGUUUGGUGACUUGUUUUUGUAGUACCUGCUGCCUUUUAAAACAUGGUUGCUACACCUCUGUUUGGUUCCUUCCCAUUAGAUUGUUCUCCUUCAUAAAGAUGCUGACUCUGCUGGUUGAAAACCCCAUGAGUACAAUUUAAUACUCAAAAUUCGUACUAGCAAUUUGUCCAAAACUGGAUGAGAAGAAAGUAAAACCAGAGUAGUUAAUUAUACUUUAUUUGAAAUGUACGUUUUUAAGUAAAAUGAUUCAAACCUUAUUUUUGUUAAAAGCAAGUUAGUUUCAAAUUACGAACAAUCAGGACAUUAGUAUCUGUUUGAUUUAGACUGUCAUUUAAAACGUUUAUGUAAUGCCUUUUGAAUCAUUCAUAGACCAGACUUUAAAGAUAAUAAAAAAUUUAGGAUGCACAGUAACGAUUCUUACUGUAGUUCACAGCAAAUCUUACAAACAUCAUAUCCCUUUAUCCAUUAAAUGAUUCUGAUAUAAAAAAUUAAAGCAUUUUUUUUUGGUUUAAAGCCACUAACACCAUUAUCACUAAAUGUAAAUAUUCUCAUUAAUUGUUCUGUGCUUGUAUGAGAUGCAGUGGUUAAUGAAAUGGCACUGUUUAUAGUCAAAAAGGUUAUGAAUACACAAACAUAAAUUGACAAGAAUAUGAACAUUUAAUGUAUCAUGUUUUUUCAGUGUUUUUGUAUCAGAUUGUAAUUUUUAUUCUUCAUGUAUAACAAAUGUAUAUUUUUGAAAACCUCUAUGAUGUGGAAUUUUAAUUUUGCUUUGCCUACCUAAAAUACUGUACAUAUAUUCUCUGUUCACAGUAGAUUGUUAUAAAACUGAGUUUGCUUAAUAUUUUUUCUUGGGGGGGGGGGGAUAAAGAAUGAAAGAAAUGCAACCAGGCAUAUGGUCAUUUAUUUUGCAUUAGCAGAGUAUAUGGUCCAUUUAUUUGCAGUACUCUGCUUUUAUGAAUUAAUAUUCAAAUGUGCCUAAUGUGUAAACCUGUAAAUACAGAAUGCAAAAACUAUUUAUUAUAAAUAUAUAUUAAGCAGUUAUUGUUUUAAUGUUCGUUUUUUAACUUUCUGCAAAUGUUAUGUACACAGUUUAACUAUUUAUAUUUGCUUUUUGUCUUGCACUGUCAACUUCUAAACAAGCGGCAAUAAAAGCUGGUAUGUUUUAAUAUUUUAA